UAAGUAUUGUUGCACCUAGUAGCUAGCUUUACUGACACAGAAAUGAGAGGUCUGUUCAGUGCUUAAAUAUCCGAGAAACAAUGGGAUAGUGCAGGAAAGUUAACAAUUAACAGUCUCAGCUUAAAUUUUGUAACUGCAGGGAACUGGAAACAGAGCUGCCUCUCUCUUCAGCAAAAUCAGGUCUCCUGGUUAAGAGAAGAAUUUUUGUUAACAUCUAAAUUUCUGAAAAAGAAGCAGCUUGCAAUUGAAUGAGUAUCGUGCAGUUAUGGUUUUAACCAGCCUGCUCAUACUUAACUAUCUCUGCUUAUUUUAAAUAGAGCAGCUGUGAAAUGGGUAAUGAGGCUUUUGAAAUGCCUUUUGCUUUACUCUUUUAAAUGAGGGUACAGAGCAAUAAAGACAGCUGAAGGUAUCCGGCUGAAGAGAAGCAGCAAGGAAGAUGGGUCUGCUAAGUGUGGAUUUGUUGAUCACGCUUCAGAUCUUGCCGGUCUUUUUCUCCAAUUGCCUCUUUCUUGCGCUCUAUGACUCUGUGAUUCUCCUGAAGCACAUGGUUCUGUUUCUGAGCCGCUCUAAGUCUGGGCGCGGUGAGUGGCGGAGGAUGCUGACCUCGGAGGGGCUGCGCUGCGUCUGGAACAGCUUCCUCCUGGACGCCUACAAGCAGGUCAAACUGGGAGGAGAAGCCCCAAACUCCAGUGUAAUCCACAUAGCCAAGGGCAGUGAUGGCAGCAGUGGCAGCUGGAAGAAUGUUGGUGGCAAGUGUGGAACCAAAUGCCACCUUCUGGAUUUUGCCAACUCAGAGCGGCCACUGGUGGUCAACUUUGGCUCAGCUACCUGACCACCGUUCACAAGCCAGCUGUCAGCCUUCAGCAAGCUGGUGGAGGAGUUCUCUGGUGUGGCUGACUUUCUGUUGGUCUACAUCGAUGAAGCUCACCCAUCGGAUGGCUGGGCUGCGCCUGGAAUCUCUCCCUCUUCAUUCGAAGUUAAGAAACACAGAAGCCAGGAAGAGAGAUGUGCAGCUGCUCACCAGCUCCUAGAGCACUUCUCCUUGCCACCUCAGUGCCAAGUGGUGGCUGACUGCAUGGACAACAAUGCCAAUGUGGCCUAUGGAGUUUCAUUUGAGCGAGUAUGCAUUGUGCAGAGACAAAAAAUUGCCUACCUGGGGGGCAAAGGCCCCUUUUUCUACAACCUUCAAGAGGUCCGGCUUUGGCUGGAACAAAACUUCAGCAAAAGAUGAAAUCCAUUCUUCACAGGAGUUAUGUCAACAGAUGUAUCCCUUUAAGGUGAUGCAAAAGGGAAAAAAACCGAAAACAUAUGCUAGUUUGAAUAAAAUCUUUCAGCUGAUUGCAGGAGAACACAUUUGAUAACAAUGUCAAGUGAAUGUUAACUAGGAAAAGAAAACAAAACAAAAAUCUAGCUCCACAGAAACAUUGUCAAGGGAAAAAAAAUCCCACUCCUGCUCUUGCUAUGGGACAGAAGAGGUGAACAGGCUUCUCCAAAAAGGUGCUGCUGUCAAGCAGGUAGGGUGGUUAGAUAAGACCUGUUUCCCAGAAGUCCCAGUCCUGGGGUGAGGCAGAGAAUGUGUUUCUGCUUGGAAGGCAUUCCAGGGAAAGGCAAUGCUAUACAUUUUAUCAGAAACACUUCUUUAUGCCCCUGUGGCCAAUGCAAGUAAUCUGGGAGGAGCAGGGGGUUUGCAAUUACUUUGCAUACCAAUGGCAGUGCAGUGUGUGGUGAUUUUCCUCUCUUGGUAGAAAACAUUGUUCAGAGACUUCAGGAACCACAUGCGAUGCAUGGCACAGGCAGACUGGCUGCUCAGAGCAAGAUGAACCUUUGUCUGCUGGUAUUUGUUCUCUCUGUGGACACCUCUGCACAGUAUAUUAACUACGUAAUGCUACCUUAAAUGUUUGUAUCCAGUGUGCAGGCCUGUGCCUGCUGAGAAAGGUGUUAAGUUCUAUGGUGUUGGACCAAAAAAGACAAUGGUGAUCAAAUAAGCCCAUUACCAUUUGAAAACUGAAAUACCUGGACUAAUUAUAACACAACAUUGAGAACCAUCUAGAGCAUGCAUCAUGAGACAAAACUCAGCUGAUGCCAACCAAACCCUUGGUUCUGAGAGCUGACAACACACAUUUAUCGACGUUCUCUGGUUCUCAUCUCUGUUUCUUUACCCACUUUCAUCUCUUUCUGUCUAGCAAUAGCUUAAAGGUAAUUUCACUUUUAGUUUUUAAAAAACCCCAACUUUUUUUUUUUUUUUUUUUAAUGUGAGAUAAUUACCUUGCAUUACCUUGUAUUUUGGGGAUGGGGGAACUUAUGCACAAUUUUACCUCAUUGAAAUGGAAAACUAUCCUGUCAUUUAUCCUGUUAAAUGUAGUCAUGGUGACUUUUACUGUCUUAGAUAUCUGAACCUAGUUUAUAGCUAUGUUAAUCUGAAAGUUAAGUCAUUUGCAGCCUUAGAAUUGAUUAGCUGCAGUUCUGCUACUGGAUGAGCCGAUAGUCUGUUUUGCUCAUGUUCUUGAAAACCUUCCCAGAAGAGAAACAGGGAGGACAAAUAGUUUGAAUUAAUGUGAGUGCAAAAGGUGGCAGAAUUUUCAUAUGAAUGAAUAUGAGGAAUGGAUUGUUAUGUUUAAAGAGAUACUGUGAACUUAGAGUACACAUUAAGUUAAGUAUUUCAAAAACUAAAAUUAUUUAAUCAAGUCUGAUGAAAAGGCAGAUUUACAAUGAGCUAACCUGUUAGAGCUGACAAAUGAAAACCCAUAUGGAGAUGGACUAUCCAAGUUUUUUCUCAUCUUUGGCAGAAAAAUGAAACAGAUAAACAGAGUAAGUGGCAAAAAUCAAAUUAGUUCUUUACUUUGUCAUCCUGCCCAUCAUCAGGAAUAUGAUGUGUUGAUACUGACAUAGGAAAGAAUAGAAAAUACUAAGUGUUUCAAUUUUCACAAUGCCCAUUAUUAGCGUGUAUUUCCUCUAGCUUGGCUGUUGGUCAACUUAGCCAAUGUAGGAGGAAUUUGGAAAUGUGUUUUCAAGCACAGAUCUGAAAUAAUGACAGUAACAUGGGUAAUUUCUCCUGUACUCAGGUUCAUGCUUCCCAUUCUUCUCACAUUUUCCUCCACACACUGUUAAACAUAGACACACAUGCACUUACACAGUUGGUAAUGUGCAUUGGAGAAGGGUGUGAAGAGUGGUCCUCAGAUCUCCUAGCGAGCCCCACUUCUCAGAAGGUCUGUGUCUCUCUAUGUGUGCAUUUAUAUAUGCAUCCAUAUGUAUAUAAUACAUUUUAAUGUAUGUGUAUACAUAUGCAUGCACAUAUAAAUGGUGUCUAAGACCACUAGUAAUAAUUAUCCUGUCCUACCAUUCAUUAACGUUACUGUAAAUCAUUGCUCAAUGUGGAAGAUCGUUGCAGAUCUUCAUGACUAACUGGGAUAUAUAACUGAAUUUUUAAAACCUAUUAUCAUAGAAACAGUAACAUAGCCAGACUACAUGGUUUAUUUAAUCCAGUGUCCUACCUCUGACUGUAUCAGAUGCUUCAGGGGAAGGUGCAAUAAUUUUUAACAUACAGAACUUUUAUUAGCUUCAGCCCGUACUACUUUUGCCUCAUCUAAAGUGAUUGUUGAUGUCUCAUCCCUCAUGGGAGGCUGAUUCUGGGUUUUGAGAUAUAAAUAUUUUGUGAGGUGGGGAUUACUAAAAUAAAAAAAAAUCCCAUUUAAGUUCAAAGAAAACCAAAUGAAAACAGAAUUUUUCUUUCAUAUUUAAAUCAGCUGCUUUUCAAUGUCAUUCUCAUCUCUUGCUGUUAUAUAUGCUAAACCACUAAGCAUAAGCGAUCCCAAUUUUUCUUCUGUAUGUUGGUCAUUAUGUAAUCUAAAUAGAAAUUUGCAUACCUUUUGUGUGUUUAAGACAAACAAUAACUCAUAUUCUUAUACUGGUUCAUACUCUUUUCUUGUCUCUGAAUCUCUUAUGUUUUUACUAUACUUUCCUUUUACUCAGGUGAGUAAAGAUGUAGACAUUAAUCCAAGUGAAAAUCUGUACUGAUAUACCCAGCACAGCAUCUUUUCCUUAUUAUAUUCUAUUCUUCAGUCAUCUGAAAAAUUUUUAAUCCAUAGUGACUCCAUAGCCUUUGUAAAACUUAAACCAGUAAGUCUUUUCUUCUUUUCCUCAUUAUACUGUUGAAGUCUGAACUGUUUAUAUGGGAAAUGCUAGCCAAAUGUUUAACACAGCUGUUGAAACAUACCUUUAGUUCAGAGGAAAGAGCUGGAAUUAGUAAUUCAGUUUGUUAAUACCCAUUUGCAUAUCUAAAGUUACAAUUAUUUUUCAAGUCCAUUCUCUCCUUUUGAAUUUUGUUAUUUUGCUUUGUAAUUCAUAGAUGCCUCUUCAUCACAAAGUAUACAGGAAUUAUAAAAUUGGCUCCUGUAAAUGGGAAAAACACAUUGAUUUUCCACAAAUAAAAAUACACAAUAACUUCAUUUCUUUCUUGGCAACAUGUAUGACUGUCCUGCCCAAAAUUUAAAGAUAUUCCAGCCUCACUGAUUACCAAGACAGAAAUACAUUUUGCAGAACCUUGGGUUCCUUCAGAAAACUUCUGGUUAGAAAGCAGGGCUUUCUUCUUUACUAGAUAUCGAUUUUACUACCUUGCUAGCCUUGUCUAGUCUGCUGUGAGACUGUAUUUGCUUCUGUGUCAUUCUCACUGUGUCAGGGCACUAUAUCCUAUUGCUUGAGGUGCUCCAGUGUGACAUACAUGUUGAGCAACAGCUCACAAAAGAGGUGCCUGAACACAUUCUUGAAGGCUGCUGUAUAUAAUAGAGACCCCAAUACUCUGUCUCAACAUUAGUAUGGGAAACUUACAGUAUUUUUCAUUUUGAGCAACAUAAAAAGCUAUUCUGGGCUAUAAUUCUAUACUUUCUGUGCUUAGCAUCUGUAUUUAGCACUGUAUAAAAGGAAUGUAAAACAUUUUGUGCAGAUGAGAAACUAUAGCAUUUUGCUCUUUACUUGUGUAGACAAUGACAUAAAUUUAAGGCAGCACGAAAACAUGCCCCAUCUAUUAAAAAUAAGAAAAUCUAUUACUAAAUAUGUUGUUGAACAACUGUCUGAACACUUUGAGAAACAAAAUGCAGUGAUUUUUAGGAGGGUGAUCUUGGUGGGCAAACCUACAACACUUCUCAAAAAGGUAUUUGUGCUAUGCAUCCAGGUGUGUGCAGAGGGAAGUUAUGUUUCUGCAUGUGUGAAAGUGGCUUUUCUGUGAUGUGGAGUAUAGAUUUAAGAGUUUUUUAAGGCUUUCAUUCAGUACUAUAACCAAAGCAAUAGGAGGUGUCAGGUAGGGAAUAUUGGCCAGUUUUGUGCAACUCGCCACCACGUCUGUAACAAAUCCAUCAUCAGCUGGGCCCAGCUUGGAGUCUUCAGUGAAGAGAGAUUGGGGUGAGGCAGGGGAGGCUUGUGUGCUUAUGAAGGUCGCUAACAAAAGAGUGAUUAACUCAGUUAGCGUUCAGAUGCCCUCACACUGGCACUCCUCUGUGCACCUUCGUGUGUCUGUGUUUGAAAGAGCUGUCUCUGGGUCUGUUCAUUACAUCGCCGUGGUGUAGGUGCCUGUGUGUACUAUGUGUGUGUCAUUGUUUAAAUGACAAAAAUACACUGCAGGAGAGCCAGCAAAAUUUUGUUACAAUAUGGUGCUCCAUGAAAUGUGCUUUCUAGAUUUGUUUUUCUGGUAUUAUAAUAAAUGAUAAAGGAAAAUUUA